AUGUCAAGAGAUCGUCAAUCGAUAACUCGACGUUCUCAACGGGCAUCGAGCAAACAAAAACAAUCGAAUUCAGCAGAAGAAAUCGAACAAAACAAGCAACAUUAUCAGUCAUUAUUUGUGAUGUACUUGUUGGUCAUUAUGAUCAUUGCAUUUACUUUAUCCUACUUUCAUUUUUAUUAUAUUUAUGAAUUAUUUGAGAAUGACAGGCAUUUUUCACAUUUAUCAACACUAGAAAGAGAAUUAUCGUUUCGAACGGAAAUGGGUCUCUAUUAUUCUUAUUUCAAAGAAAUCGCGAUUGACGCUCCGUCGUUUACAGAAGGAUUUCUGUCGAUUUUAUCUGAUAAUCGAACAGAAGCACCGACUACAAUCAACGUCUUGGAACGCUUCAAUCUUUAUCCCGAAGUUGUCUUAAGUUUCAUCUAUCGUUUUAUGAAUUCUCGAAAUAUGUUAACACAAAUAUGUUACCGAGUUGGUCGUGGCGACUCGAUGAGUCCGGUUUUAUCAUGUGAAGGACAUAAGGAACCAACUUAUUUCUAUGUCACCUGUGUUUUUCUACUCAAUGGAUGUCUACUGGGUGUUUUGUUUUUACUUGGUACCUACUUAUCGAAAAGUAUUCUUGGUGGACUGCUAACAGCACUUGCUUAUAUGUUCAAUCAUGGUGAAGCGACAAGAAUUAUGUGGACACCUCCUCUUCGUGAAAGCUUUUCAUUUCCAUUCCACAUUGUUCAAUUAUUUGCUAUCACAUAUAUUUUACAGCAGCAAACAUCGUUUAACAACGAUGUGCUCAAAUCUUUCUUAGGAUAUAUCAAGAAACAUGAUAUACCGCCGUCAUCCACCGAUCUACCACAAAACUCUAUGGUACGUCGACGUAAAAUACAACUCGUGUUCAUACUUUGUGGUUCAACUGUACUGUAUAUGUUACCAUGGCAAUUUGCUCAAUUUACACUAGCUACUCAAUUACUUUCACUCGGUGUUCUUUUUAUUUUCAAUCUUUUAUCAUGCGAACAGUUCUUCUUUAUUCUAUGUACUCAAAUUCUUUCAUUAAUUAUCUCAGCCAUAUUAAUGUUUGGUAAUCGAAUGUUAUUGACUUCUUUAUUUUCAAUUACUGUUUUCUCAUUUUAUCUCGUAUGCAUUUUUGACAUGUUCUUCCGUUAUUCAUCUUCGCAUUUCCAAUCAUAUCGAUUAGUCAUUAUCGUUCGACGGACAUCUCUUUUUACUCUUGCAUUUAUUUUUAUGAAAUUUCUCAUUAUUGGUUUACUUCUCAAAUCACCCGAUGACGAUGCCCAUAUUUGGGAUAUAUUGAAAUCUAAACUCUCAUCAAGAUAUCGUACGUUCGAUACACAACUAUACACUUGUGCGAAGGAAUUCGAUUUCAUCGAAUUAGAAACUCUCAUCAAACUGUGCAAGACUGGAUUAAUCCCAUUGUCAUUCAUCAUUAUUGGUCGUAUUGUGUACGAUUUUCUUAUUGACAUUUUCCACACUAAUAUAAAUACUAACCGACAGAUAUGGAAUUAUUAUCAUGCAAUUCAAGCAGGUGCAUACAUUCUGAUGGGUAUAUUCAUCAUGCGUUUAAAACUAUUUCCUCUCCCACAGUUAUGUUUAUUGACAAGUCUUUAUAUGAAUGAACAGUUCUGGCCAAAACGAAUUGUUGCUAUUAAGAAAUGGAAGAUUGUACUUUUUAUUGUACUUGCAACAGGAAUGGCCAUUCAAGGACAGAAAAAUAUUAAAGAACAAUUAAAUAUCAAAGGAGAAUAUUCUAAUUAUCCAAUGGAGAGAAUAGUUGAAUGGGUUAACUCAAAUACGGCAAAUAAUUCCAUCUUUGCAGGUACAAUGCCAACGAUGGCGAAUUUGAAACUAUCAACAGGUCGUGCAAUUGUUGUUCAUCCUCAUUAUGAACAUGCGAAGAUUCGACGUCGAGUUAAACUUGUCUAUUACAUGUUUUCACGCAAACCACUUCGAUAUAUUCAUUCCAUUUUGAAAGAAUUUCAAGUUGACUAUUACAUUUACGAAUCUCAUUGGUGUACAAUCGUUAAUCGUCCAAAGGGUUGUUCAUUUCCGGAAAUGUAUGACUUGGAUGAAACCGACGAACGAAUACUACGACGUUCGACUCUCGCAUGUGACACACUUCAAUCGAAUCCAACGCCUUAUUUUAGAAAACUUUUUACUCAAGAUCAUUUGAGUAUUUACGCAGUUCUAUGA